GAAUUUCCAAGUUGGGAGAGAAAAGCACUGUUUUUAUUGGAGUACCUUAAAAUCAGACUGGAAUAAAAGAUGAUGGUUAAUAUGGAAGCAGUUGCAGACACCUCACAACAACUGCCGCUGUGAUCCAUCAAAUAAAUCUUUAGAAGACUUUGGUGAAAUCAUGAGUGGUUUUAUAAGAUUGUGGCAGUGUAAUCGUAAAAUGAGUUUCACUUUCACAUUCAAAGUGUAAUGUGAAUUCACCAGGAAGAUCUGACUGUAUUUAGAAAGUAUUUUAUUUUUUAAUAUCAAGGGAGAUAAUUCUCCAUGUCUAAUCGCUAUGGCAACUCGGUCAGAAAAUGACUAUAUGCCAAACAACAUGGCGUCCAAGAAAUCAGAAUCUCGGCCUACCCGCCAGUUGGAUUUCUACCAGGCUAUGGCGGAUUUCCAACACAUGUUUCCCACGAUGGAUGAGGAGAUAAUUGAGGCAGUGUUGAGAGCAAACAAUGGUGCUGUGGAUGCCACAAUAGACCAGCUCCUCACCAUGAAUAUUGAUAACGAGGAAGAAACCGAUGGACCAGAGGCUGUGGAUGGUCUGACACACAGGACUCGCUCGAAAGGAAAAGCUAGAUUGUCUUCUGAAACCAAAUCUAAGAGUUUAUCGUGCGAGGACCCACCAUCGUACUCUGAAGCUAUUCGGCAUCAGCCUCCAGUCCAAGCCAAAAGAGCGCCAUCUAGUGGCAAGGCAGGUAGACUUGCUGCUAGGGGGAGACAACACACUGCUCCAAACUUGUUAGACCUGGACAUCGGUACUUUUGCCAGCACAUUGGCCACAGUGUCCUCAGAACGUACAGACCCAAAGACGUUGCUAGGCAACCAGGCCUUGGAAAACGGGUCGCCACGGAGACAGCGAACCUGGCACCCACCAUUGUUAGGGAAGUUACCCGAUGACUUCUUGAGGCUUAAACCUGAGGGGCCGAGUCAUAGGUCGUCACGACCUUUAGGGAGAAGCCAGAGUAUGCCAGCGCAGCAACGACCUCCGUUACAGUGUCUAGUCCGUCAUGAGAUCAGCAGUAGUCUCCUGCAGAAGAAGUUACGAGAGAAUGAGAGGCGGAGAAGAUCAACGCCCUCUAGGGGUGACCCCGAGAUGACCCAGUAUUUGGAGGAUGAGCGGAUGGCAAUCAUGCUGCAGAACAGUGAGUUCCUGGAGGAACUGCGCCAAAAUGAGGACUUCAUGAAGACACUGGAAAGAGAUCGUUUGAACGCCUCAGCGUUUGAGCCCACCCCCUCCACCCCGCCCUCAUCACGGCAACCAGUGCGAUCUCUGUCCACAGCUUCCAGCUCCACUUCCACCCCAACCCCACUCCCCACUCCCAAGGAGAUGGCCCCAUUACCCCCAAUACCAGACGACAAGAUUGAGGACUUCCAAGAGGGGUAUGGUCAGGACAGACAGGACACCCUGGAGGCGUUCCCCUUCACCCAGAAACUGAACAACGGUGCUGAAGAUGCUGACCGAGAGCUUCGCAGACAACUCAAACACAUGGGCAAAGCUUCCAAAAGACAGUUUGCUGACUUAGCCAGGAGGUUUUUUUCAAGAAGGAAAAAGAAAAGUUCCAGACAACUCCUUCGAGAUUCCCAUGCUCCGUCUACAGCCAACCUCCUGGAGGAGGAAGAUGAUGAUGAUGUGUUAGAGGAGAGAGGAGAGGACAUCCAUGUUAGGGGCUACAGGGAUGACAUGCAGACACCGCCAAGUUCCCAGCUGGUUGUCCCCAGUUACAAGACGGUUCAGCGGCCGGCCUAUAACCCUGAUAUGAACGUCAAGUAUUUUGACUCUACACCAACAGAUAUGGUUUGACCUUGUGAAUCGCAACUGGUCAUCAAUGUUGAACAAUGAUUGGCUAGUGAGAAUUGGUUACAAUGAUCCAUCAUGAGAAAAGGGUAUAACAGGCCAGAUACGGGUCAGCCCACUUUUUAUUUUUCCAGGUGGGAUUUUUUUUCUGGUUCUGAAACAUGUGUAUACAUGUAAAAGAGCGCAUAAAGUAUUUAUAGAGCAUUAAUAUAUAUUUGACUUGUCUGUACAUAUGAACAGUGCGCAAUAAUGACACCUGACGACAUGAUAGGCUAGUACUUUGUAGUAAAGGUGCCGUUUUGGAGGCAUUUUAGGGACGUCAAACUGUUUGUUGACACUUGUUAUCAUAGUGAGAUUAUCAUUGAAAUGAUAGUUAUAGCGGGCAUUUUGGAGGCAUUUUAUGGAAACAGUACGGGACAAGAUUUGGCGUUCAAAUUCAGACCAUGGAUUUUUGUUCUACAGAUACUGUCUUUUGGUGAGAAACUUCAGGUACAUGUAUAUGUGUCUCUAGCACUAGCAGAUCAAAUUUAACUGUCUUAGGUUGGAAGCAUACUUGUGGUGCUUAGAUCGAAAAAGCUGUUAAAAUUCAUGGAUUGUUAAAUACAUUGUGUGUCCAUUUAUGUUUUGAAUCCAAACUUUGACUGGUUGUUUUUGAUACUGUUUUAUCAUCUUUUUUUUUCAUCUUUUUUGUUUGGCAAGCCCUUCAAAUAAAAUCGCAACUGAUAAUUUGUUUAAUUUCUUUUUGUCACUUUAAGGACAUUUCUGGAUGUUGAAAACAUUAAUUUGACACCUUUGAAAGUGACCGUGACCUCUGACCUUCAUCCUAAGAUAAAACUUUGCAUGUAAGAUAUGUCUUAACUUUUAGCUGCAGGUAUGAAAAUGUCUAAAAUGAGAUGAGAAUGUGGGCCUUUCUAAUGUGUUUCUAGUUUUAUUAUCAUGACAUACAAACAGAAUGACCAACCUCACCCUCCCACACCGAAUUUUCCUAUGAGCCAUUUUAUUGCCAUAUAUCAUGAUGAUCUGUAAACUUGAAGAAAUUAACUUUUUUUUCUGCAAAUCAUGUUUUGUUGAAGUCAUAAUAGAAUGGAAUACAAGUCUGCCUUCCCAUCAUGCCUUGUGUGAUAUUACCUCUGAUGAUAGUUAGAUAAACAUGGUGGCAAUGGUUGCCAUGGAAAUGUAAAGCAGGGUCAGUUACUCAAUGUAUAAAAGUUAAUAAUAUUUCAGAUUCUAAACUUCACACAUUUUUGGAGAUAUUUAUUUGGAGUAUAAUUCCCUAUUAAAAGUCUCCGGAUAGGCUUAAUGUUUGAUUCAUUUUGAAGAAUUUUUGGAGUUGGUAAAACGGCAUUUGAAGCAGUGAAUUUGACGGUGGUCUUUUCAGGCCAUAUUGUGACGGAUCGCAUCAUCUCAGGAUUUUGCCACUUGAUACAAAGAUGCUGCUAGUCUUCAUUCAGAAUGCAUGCACAUAAAGAGAUGAGUACAUUGUAUGUGCUUGUAUUUGGCAAGUGGCCCUUGAAACUAACAAUUUUCAGCCAACAAACCACAAUAGAGCAGGAUAUUUUACAGGCCUUUUACUUGGUUAGAAAAAUUGUAAAAAAUUGAAUAGUACUACAAUAUAAUGGUUACUCAUCCAGCCAAGACUUCAUGUUAGUGUUUUCUUUGCUUUUAGAGGAGAAGAAAACAUUGAAAUGAUUCCAAAAUCAGAUGAAAAAGUGUGGAAAGUUAUAUUGUCUUUAUUAUUUUUUUUUUUCCAUUUUCUCUUUCAGUAGAAAACGGUAUUUGGAAAUAUUUUCGUAUGGUAGAUAUUUGGGACCACUUCUUGGUAUAUAUAGUCAUUGCAUUAUAAUCCUCUACAUAAGGAUGUGAUGCAUGUCUAAUAAAUUCAUUUCAGUGUAAAUUUGUUUUUUUUUUUUCGUCUGAAUACAUGCGUUUAACCUGAAGUAUGAGAAUGUUUAUGAAUAUACUAAACUUAUAAAUAUGAUGAAAAUCUAGGCUGAACACAUUUGUUAGCUGAAAAGACCAAAUUCUAGUGCAAAUAUAUUUAUUAUUUAAACAUAUGUUGUACAUCCUCAUAACGUUAUUACUGGAAGACAGUAUUUACCAAGAGGUGGUUCCUAACUCCCGCCAUAUUGCAGACCACAUAUACAUGUAACUUUUUGCACUCUUUCAUCAGAACUUUGUGUAAUUUUAUGUUUUGCCCACCUUCAAGACAAAAAUCGUUUUCAUCAAAAUAUUGUCAUAGAAAAUUAAGCCUUUUGUCCUGUCUCAAAGUAAUUUACAC